UACCAGCCAAUCAGCGAUGCGGAUACAGAAAGGAUUAAACAUGGUGGCGACCUGACAUCUGUCAAAUUGUGGACUCCAAAAAAUCAAUGUUUUCGCUUUAGAAGGAUAUUUAAAUACUUCUUAAAAAGAAGAUGCCAGUUUUGAACAUUACAGUAUCUCUGAGUGAGGUACUUGAGGUGCGGGACGGGCCCCUCACUGAUACAGAAAUAUGGGCACUGUUGUGUCAGUCAGCUGAGGCCCUGCAGGAUGUUUUCUUGGCAGGAGAGUCCUGCUCUGACAAUGGUCCUGCUUUCGUGAUCAAUCCAGACACCUUGUUCCUGACCUCUCAAGGUCAGGUGGAGUUUGGCCACGCCCAAAAAGUGCAACAGUAUGCAAAUUACAUGUCACCAGAGACAGAAGAUGAUUUUACAUGUACAGAUACUUCUGUAGAACAGGUGUAUGUGUUUGCACUGGGCAAGUCAUUGAUCUAUUCAUCAGAAUACGGGCUCAAACCUGAUGAGCAUAGCAGCAUGAAUUCUUCAGCCAAAAUGUCAAAGCCUGUAAGAAUCAGUGAGAAUUUGGAGUCCCUAUUGAGGAGAAUGACACAUAGAAACUCCUCACAGAGAACUCCGCUCCUCAAAGUUAUGGAGGUGUGUAGCCUCCAGAAGGAGCGUUUAGGAAGGGGAUUGGAUAGAAGUUUCUCUCGAACGGUGACCAACCUGUAUAAGACAGUCCUUGGACUUGAAGGACAGUCUGAAGAAAAUAUAGCAGAUCAGAGCUUCACAAGUACCACAAGCCGCCAGAAUAUUUCGCCACGAGAACUUACUGUUGACAGAUCAAGAAGAAAACAAAAGAAAUCUCGAGAUAGUAGGAGAAAGAAAAACCCUUCUCCAGAACAUUACAGGUCAAGGUCACGAUCCCGUUCGAGAAGUAGGUCAAGGUCACAUUCAAAACAUCAUGGCAGAGGAGCAGAUUCCCCAGACUCUGGAUACCACAGAAUCACUCCACUACCAAGUGGAUCUCAUAGAAGAUCCGGGGAUGAGAAUUACAGCAGGGAGCCACACCCAGAUCUAAUAUCUACAGACUACGCCACAGGGCGAUCAUAUCAUCUCUCAGAUAUAACAUUUAGUGCUUCACAAAAUGGUCAUCCUUCAAAUAGGCAAGGACCAUCAUCAAAUCAUCAUCAGCAUUCUAGACCAUCAAAUAGAAACAGCACAUCACCCCGAGCCAAUGAUAAUCCAGCAUUUAAAAAAUACCUGAAGUUGAAAGAGAGGCAGAGGAAACUACGAAUAUUACGUCAUGACGCCAUGAGCGACGACGCAUCAGACGAGUUGUCUGAUAUUGUGAUGGAUCACAUAUCAGAAACAAGAUCAGUAAGAUCUGUUGCAUCACGUAACAAUGGCGUGUAUCACCCAGAUAUACAUAUGAGAUAUGGUUCUAACUCUGCAUUGAAGAUCGGUCGAGACUCAGACAGGGAGAGUGUGGUCAGUAGUGAUACAUCAACAUAUGGCCCAGAUCACCAGCCAUUUAGAGCUACAGCGGAUAUCAGUGAUCCCUACAUCCAGCAGCUACAGAAGCUGUCCUCAUCACGACCACCGCAGCUACCAAAGUUUGAUACCCACCCGCCUCACACUAAACAAAAGAAGAAAACCCACCCUACACCACAACAGACAGCCAAACAGAAACCAAGGGACUUUUAUGGCCCAGAAUUUAUCCACAGAUCUACAAAACCUAUACAACGGAUACCACUGGCUCUUCAAAGGGAGAGUCGGAAGAAUCCAGGUCGAGUAUGUCGAGUUGUGAUUGUACUGCUGAAUGGCCAAAAGAUGGAGGCGAUGGUUGACCCGAGCAUGACAGGUCAACAGUUGUUUGAAGCUGUGAUCACAGAAAUAGAACUCCCGGAGUUUUACUUCUUUGGACUUACAUAUGUGAAUGAUAAUGAGCAUUUCUUUAUCUCUGGUGAGACAAAGCUCCACAAGGUGGCGCCUGAUGGAUGGAAGGAGAGCUGGAAGAGAGAAGCGGCACCUGUGACAUUCACUGUGUACCUUAGAGUGAAAUUCUAUGUGGAAAAUUUGGCUGUUCUUAAGCAUGAGACAACGAGACACCAGUUAUAUCUACAGUUACGACGUGACAUUCUAGAGGAGCGAUGUUUGUGUGAUGAAGACAAGGCCUUGGGCCUGACAGGCCUAGCCUUACAGGCAGAGUAUGGUGAUUAUAACAAGGACACUAUGGGAAGGAACUAUUUUGUACCAGAGCAUUAUUUCUCUGAGAGAACAUUAAAGAGACUUGGUACAGGAUAUGUCAGAGAUCAUGCUCCUGAUACACACAAGGAACUUGCGGGACUGUCUGAGAUGGAGGCACAGAUGGAAUAUAUCAAAUUGGUACAGGAACAUCUACAUGAGUAUGGAAUUCACUUCUACAAACUCUUGAAGGAAAAGAAAGGGAAAACAAGUGAUGUGAUCUGGGUCGGGUUGAAUAUGGAUCACUUGAUACUGGCCGAGGAUUCCAAUGGUGAACGGGUCUUCGUACAUCAGUAUCCGUGGUCUGCCAUACAGAAAAUUUCCUUUAACAGGAGACGGUUCAGUGUCCAGCCCAGACCUGACAUCAGCCAGAUGAAACCAUUCAAAAUGAACUUUUACACCAACUCUUACAAAAAAGGGCAGUACUUACUGAAGUUCUGUACAGCACAGCACAGUUUCCAGCUGAAGAUCAGAACGAGACUGGCAGCACACGAUGGUGUUACAGAUUUGAGUCAGGAAGAAUAUAUGAGUAUAGGUGAUGCAGAGGACAUGACAGAUACAGGAAGUGUCCACUCUGAGGACGAACAUACACUAACUGGAGAUGUUGACAGUAGAAAUACACAGGAUGUAGAAAUGGAGGCAGCGGGAUUUAGUGCUACAGAUCAUGUACCACAGAAACAUCCAGCUGCUUAUAGGAAUCCGCCUCCAUACAGGCAAGACAUGAGUGCCAGCAUGAUAGAAAUCCCAGUCAAUGCACGUGAUAACAUACAACCCAUGCAGCACGUGCCCCACAGUGCUACGACUAGUCACAUAGACGAAGUGGGGCACCAGCCUGGACAGAAUCCUGCCACUCUGGAAGACGCUGCAGUCUCAGAGGAAGAUAUCCACACAGAGAGUGUACAUCCAACCAUGGCUUAUGUUAUAGACACAAGUACUCGUUCCACGGACCAGACUUUGUUUCCUCAUUCAGCAAACGAAACAAUUAGUAAUACCCUUCAUCAGCGCUUUACAAAUGAACUACUUUCCCCAGAAGUCAGUGUGUGGGAGCGGGAAGUAUUUGAAGUAAUCCUCACAAAACAACCUAAAGUAGGUAUCGGAAUCACCAUAGUAGGUGGCAGCACACAAAGUAAACACGAUUUUGGAAUAUUUGUUAAAUCAAUUACAGUUGAUGGACCAGCAUUUAAGGAUGGUCGAAUUAAACCAGGUGAUCGGCUCAUUGCCAUCAAUGAUCAAAGCUUAGAAGGACUGCAGCAUCAUGAAGCUGUGACUAUGAUUAAAGAAUCUCCCGAUAAAGUUAAAUUAUUGAUCUCUCAAGUACGACCGCCAGGAUCAUUGAAAAGACGUGAAACUGACAUUGAUACGGAAAGUGACCCGGAACAUAGUUCAUUGGAUGGGAGCGCUGAUGAAUCUACUUCCCCGCAUGUAAUUACUGUACGUAAUUGUACAUCUGUACAUAAUCAAGAAAAUAUUGACAAUAAAAAUUUACAAAAUGGUAAAAAACAUGAAAAAAAUGUUGAAAUAGAUAGAGAUGAGUUAGUUCAUCCAGAUGUUCUGGAAUCAAGUAUGGACCAGGAAAGGCCGACUUCGGCAACGAUAGAUGUACAUUCCACGUUUUCCCAGGUAGACUCACUCUACACAGAAAUGGCAGUCUCAGAAUUACCUGCAGAUCUGCAGGACGAUAAUAAUACAGAGAUGGCUGAUGAAUCUGACACAGACUCUGAAUUUGACGAGGUUAUAGAUCAUGUGAUAGAAAACACAUACAAGUCUACUCAGAACAGUGAGGCAUAUAGUCCAGCAAGUGAGAAAAGUGAAGAUGCCCAAGCAGAGGAUGUUGAAGUAUUUGAAGUGUUCUUAGAGAAAAAACUCGGAUCAUUUGGUCUUUGUGUAACAGGAGGUGUUAACACAAGUGUAAGACAUGGUGGUAUCUAUGUGAAAUCCAUCAUUGCAGACAGUGCAGCUGAUCAGGAUGGAACUAUCAGGACAGGGGACAGGAUUCUUGAAGUAGACAGUAUGAAGAUGAAUGGUUAUACCCACAGAGAAGCUGUAGAAGCACUUUAUAAUGCUCCACCUUUCUGUAAACUUCUUGUUGAGAGGUCACCAAGGUCACGGAACUCUUCUGUCAGCAGCCAUAGGUCAGCUGGGGCUAAAUGUACAUCAACUGGUUCCCCAAAUGAUAGUGUAGGUCAAACAGAACAGAAACAGGGAACCAGUGAUCAGAAUGAGGAUAUCUAUAGCAUUUUUGUAACUGAAGAGAACACAUAUGCAGUAGACUUGGUAAAAGGGAUUUAUGGCCUUGGGUUUAGUACUGUAGGGGGUCACCAGGAUGUUAAGGCUCAGCUUGGAGAAAGAGUGGUUAGAAUAAAACGAGUGUUCCCUAUCGGUCCGGCUGCUGACAGUAAAGUAGUACACUCUGGUGAUGUUAUUCUAGCUGUAAAUGGACAGUCAGUCGCUGGUCUAUCUCAUGCAGAAACAAUGUCUAGAUUAAGAAGUGCUGGUAAAAAUGUGCAACUUCUUAUGUGUCAGCCAGAUCCAGAACAGUUACCUCCCUUAUUCCAACUGGAAAGUGAAUCAUCUCUAGAAAUUACUCCAACAGGAAGUACAGCCAAUGUUACAGACACUGAAAGUGAUACAGAUAGUGAAAUAGAUGUUACACCUCGGCGUGAAGCACUAAUUACCCCACCCGCUGGAUUUGCUUUAUCACCAUACCCAAAAGACAAAGAUGGAAAUAUAAUGCCAAAGAUUGCCAGUCCUCCACCUCUUCCUGUCAGUCCUCCACCCACUCUGCUUAGAACAGGAUCUGGAGAUUAUGACCAAAGAGACAGUGAAGUGGAGGUGGAAGUUGGGGUAGCUGAACUGAUGGACAGCUGUACCCAUGAAAUGGUGCUUAUACACAAUGCAAAGAAAAACAAUACUUCUCAGGAAAUGUUAAAUGGUAGCUUGAUUGUUAGGGAAGAUUCUGCAAUUACUGUGAACUCAAGGGAUGUUACUCCUGUUGUACAAGAUUCAUCAAGGGAGGUUACUCCAUGUGUUGAUGUUGCAGGGGACAUUACUCCUGUUCAGGAUGAAGAAACUGACAUUGAACAAGUAGAGUUAGAUCCAAUUACUUCAAGACAUUUAUCAGAGGAAAGUUACCAGUCAGGUCCAGAGACGUCUGUGCCAGAUUCAGUAAUUGAGAAGUUAGAAGGAAUAGAUAGUUUAGACAAUACCUUGCAGUCUCAGCCUGAAAAUUUUUCAGAGACUGAUAGUGCUUCUUUAUCUAAAACAGACAUAUCUACCUCAGUUAUUGUAGAUGACAGACUGGGCUCAGAUUCUUUACAGGAUGUGGGUCCACAGUCUGCUGAAGCAUCACUUGAAAUAGGAACCAGUCUUGCUAAUACAUACACAUUAGACCAAAAUGACAAGUGUUUAGAUGAUAGUUUUAGGGAUGAUUUAGAUGGUGCUAAUGUACAUACAGAUGACAUAGAAAAUAUUGUACAUAGUGAGGAAAGUUUAAAUUAUAGUAAAUUUAUUGUAAAUAUUGAUGAAAACAAUGAUAAAAUUGUGCAUAAUAACAAUUCUGAUGAAAAUAGUGAUGUUGAUGAUGACAUCAGAGAAUUAGAAAAGAAAUAUCAAGAACUGGACAAUGCAGAUGAAAGUGAUGAAGAGAGUGAUGAUAGUACUAAUGAGAACAAAAAUGAUCAGGAAGCUGAUGAAGAUAAUGAAAAUGAGAUUGAAGAUGAUGAUAUUGUAAAUAAUGAAGAUUUUAACAAGAGAAAAGAGGAUAAUGCUAAUGAAAAUGAUGAUGAUAACAGUAAUAAUGAUGAUGAAUUUAAAGCAGAUGAAAUAGGAAAUAGAGAUGAAAAUGACCAGGAAAAUGUAAAAGAUGAUAAUAUACAUUGUGAUAAUAUUGAUGGUGAUGUCAACGAAAAGGAUGAUGGUAAAGUGGAAAGAGUUAAAAUCGAAAUUGAAAAUGACAAAGACCAAGAAAAUGUAGAUGAGGUUGUGGAUGAUAAUGUGGAUAAAGAUGACGUAGAGGAAUCUGUUUCGGACCAUUCUUCGGUGAGAGAAUCACCCUCACCAACACUAGAGCAAGAGCCCCUUAGGGCUGAGGAAUUUGAAGUGACCUUGACCAAGCCUGAAGGUCGAGGUCUUGGAUUUACAGUGGCAGGAGGAGCCAAAACCACAGGGGGUUGCUAUGUUAAGGCAGUGUUAAGGAACCCUGCACUUUCUGAUGGAAGAUUGAAAACAGGAGACAAGCUUAUCAUGGUAAAUGGUAUAGACAUGCGACCACUGAAUCAUUUCGAGGCAGUAUCUGUUUUUCGUGAGGCUGAGGAUGAGGUCACCAUAAGGGUGUCUCGAGAGCAGUCGACUGUGGGUGAUGCCGGACAAGCUGGUGUCGAAAUACCAUCCUGCAGUCAGGGCCUCACUGAAGGAGGAAAAGAAAGCAUACAACAGAAAAAAAAUGAGGAAAACGAUGAAAAGUCAGAUGAUGAGAACAGAGCGUCUGACAGGGAGGAAGUAACUGACUCUGUCACAGACGGGGAUGAAUGUGGUCCCCUCCAAGACCUUAUAGCCUCAUUAGAGGAAUCACUUGAAGAGUCAAUAAUUUCAGGCAAUCUUACAACUGAUGAAGGAAAACAAAAAGAAAAUUUCUGGAAAGAUAAGUCUCAAAAAGAGGCUGGGAGUCCAAAAUUAUCCAAGUCUGCCAACUCAGGGGAGCCAUCAGUAUAUCAGAUAGAAAUAGAAAAACCAGAGAGUGGCGGACUUGGGAUCAGUCUGGUUACCGCGGAAACCCAGAACCAGACUGGUGUAUUUAUACAAACUAUAGCACCAGGAGGUGUGGCAGAAAAUGAUGGCAGGUUACACGUAGGAGAUAAAAUCCUACAAAUAAAUGGUGAAUCCUUAAUUGGAAUGAACCACAGCAAAGCUGCAGCAAUCUUGAGAGGUUCUCAAGGCAAACUGUCUUUGACUGUCUCCAGGAACAAAGGAAGGAAACCAACUUGGUUGGAAUCUGAUAGUACAGAGAAUCAGUCAGAGAAUGUUAGUGAAAGGUCAAGGUCAAACUCAGAUCAGCAGACAGAAUCUGAAAGAACAGAAAAACAGGUCAAUUCUGAAUCUGAUGAAGAAGAAGAUGGUGUUGAUGGAAGUGAAAGUGAUAAAAGUGAUUUAAAUAACACAAGUUUAUCAAUAACAAAACAUGUUCCAAGUGAUAUAGUUGAUGAUAGUGUAGAUGAGUUAGUAGCUCAAGCUGAACAAAUUCUAAAAGAUGCAGAUAUAGAUACUUGUACAGAAUCAGAAGUCAGUGACACAGAUGGAAUAGAUAAAGAAACAGCUAGAAAUGCUCAUAAAUAUCUCUCAGCAGCUGAAGUUAUUGAUUACCAUCAUGAUGAAGUUUUUAUAGAGAAUGAAGAGGAAGGUACAGAAAAUGUUGAUAAAAGUGAAACUGGAUCAAAGUCUGAACAAUGUACAGAACAAGAUAGCGGACACUGUGAUGUUAAUACCAAUGUGAUACAUAAUGAUGACAAUGAUAAAUGUUGGUGCAAUUCUUUAAGAAAUUUAGACCUUACCGUGCCAGAUGAAGUGACUGUUGAUUGGUUGUUUAAUUUAUCUCUUGUGACAAUACCGGAACCAAUGAAAUCUUCUGUACCAAACAUUAUAUCUGAUAUGCAAGAAAAGAUAGAAAUAGAAGAUCCUCAGGAAGAAUUUAAACAAUUAAAAAAUGUGCCAAUAACUGACGAUUGUACAGCAGCUUGUUUGCCUGACAACAGACUGAAAAAUAGGUUCAGAAAUGUUCUGCCAUAUGAUGCUAACAGAGUUAAGAUAUCUGACAAUGAAGACACUGACUACAUAAAUGCCAGCCAUGUUAAGGUGGAUGUAGAUGGUGUAAUCUGUGAUUAUAUAGUGGCUCAGGGACCCCUGCCGGAAACCACUGAUGACUUCUGGGAGAUGGUCUGGCAAAGAGGGGUCACUGUCAUUGUCAUGUUGACCUUGGACAUGGAGGCCAUGAAGGUCAAAUGUCACAGAUAUUGGCCAGACUCUGUAGAUGUACCUAUUGAUGUCUGUAAUGGACGAUUACGCUUGAGUUUGUUGUAUCAAAACAGUCUGGAUGAUUUUGACAUCAGGAACAUUCUAAUAGAGAAUAUAGAAACAGGAGAAAGUAGGUGUCUGUACCAUCUCAACUAUACCACCUGGCCAGAUCACGGAACACCAACAUCAGCUGUACCUUUACUGCAGUGUAUGAGAUUAAGUCACCUGUACAGAACUACAGGACCAGUAGUUGUACACUGCAGUGCUGGUAUCGGGAGGUCAGGAACUUUCAUCACAAUAGAUGUUGCCUUGGCACAUAUUGAGAGAGGUCUGAAGUUUGACCUGUUAGAGAUAGUUCAGGAGUUACGGAGACAGAGGCAGGGAAUGAUCCAGACAAGGGAUCAGUACUUAUUUUGUUAUACAGCUUGUGUAGAGGCCCUUCUAGAGACCCCAAGUUAAUGAAAACCAACAGGUGACAUAGAGGCCCUUCUAGGCAGCCAGAGUUAGUGAGCAGCAGUAAAGUAGAGACCCUUACAGGCAGUAGAAGAUAGAAAACAGCAGCUAGGAAUUGUAUACAAAUGCAUUCUUGAUGUUCCAAUUAAGGUUUAUUUUUGUCAGAGCCAAAUAAUAUAAACAAAAUUUGCUUUGCUAACCUUAUCACAACAGAAAUACAUGUCUUUUAUACAUGCCUUAUUUGAUAAAACAGAUCUUUUUUAGCAUCCCUGUUCUUCGUUAGUGAUGUAUUUUGUUGAUAAGUUUACACAAAUAUAGAAUUUAGCUUCUUAAUGUGGAAUGAUACCAGUUAAAUGGGAACUAAUAAAUGAACAAGAUUUUCCUUCACUUUGAGCAGCUCAACAGUUUAUUUAUACUCUUUGUAGUAGUUGCUGUUUUGUGAAACACAUUUGAAAUGUAUUGUUUAUAAAAUUAUUUCUAUAUAAAUUAGUCACUGAUGUAACAGGGCAUGCUAGAAAAUUGUAUAAUUUUUGGAGCAUGUUCUUGCUGUUGUCCCCAGUUUUAUUCUGGUAUAGGAGGUUAUACAUACAUUGCCAUAUAUAUUCAGUUACUGCCAUCUAGGUAAAUGAAAGUUAGAUUAUUUAAAAAUUGUAAAAAGUAGUUGUAAUUAAAAUGUACAAAAGACGGUAGGAGAUAUUUUAGAGACAAAGAGGAGAUAUUUUUGAAACUGGAUUGUUAUGAAUUUAAAUUGUUAAAGUUUUGUUGAUUAUUUGUCAGGUAGUUUUAAGUUAGAAGUAUAAAACAUGUUAUUACGGAUGCAAUAUUUUACUGGAAGCUUCAUGUAUUAGUUUUGGGUGCUUUGAUAAAUUGUCUGGAAAGAAAAACUAGGAGUCUCCAUAGGAGUCAUCAAAUUUUCCUUUUUUAAGCCGGUGCUUUUGUUUAGGCAAUCCGGUUAUAUUUAUGUAUUGGUAGAGAUGAAGCAACUUUGAAUUGAUAUUAUAUGGUGCAUAUUACAUUACACAUGUAGAUACACACACGUUUUUAUAUGUUGUACACUUCAGUGUUAGACACACAGUUGAUUCCAUUUCACAUACAUGUAUACCAUUAGUUUACCAUUUACACAUUAUUUGCUUUUUAGACACAUACUAUUGGAACUUAUAGACUCUAGUCCAGUAUUUAUGCUUCCUUCUUAUUGAACUUAUACUGCCACUUUAUUUCAACCUUCUAAUUAGGCAUUUCAGAUGCAUGUCCUUUCUUUUGAAAACUCGAUCAUUGUUGAGAUAAAAUUGUUUUCUGUGAGAAGUAAAAAUACCUCUUUAUAUAAGUAGAAUGGUUCCUUCUACCUAUGUAGGUAAACUUCUGCUAUCACCAGUUGUAAGUCCAUGGUUAUCUUUGCAACACUGUAUGAACUUGUAGUAGUAUUGUAUUUAAUAUCUAAUUUAUUGUAGUUUAGUUAUUAUUUAUUACAGAUUUUUAGAAUGAAGUCCGUCCUUAUUCACUUCUGUGACUCCACUCUCUGUCUCAUGUCUGUUUUAAGUUUUAUACACUCAUGUUUUUUU